AUGAAGGCAGAAAUUGAAGAACAAAAAUCCCAACAUAUGAGCAUUUUGCAAAAACAUUUAAAUGAAAUCAAACGUAUACAAAGUCGGAUUGACAAAACAUUGCUUAACCUGAAUAGAAUUAAAGAAUCAAAUGAAGUGUCUCUGGCCAUGGAUUAUAUCUCCCAAACCGAAGAAUUCAGCAAUCUUCUUCCGAGAGUUCAUGUAUCACUACCAACGUUCAAUUCAAAAACAAAAGAAAUAGAUCAUUUCAGCAAGUUGUUUGGAUCCCUGACACCGUUAUCCAAAAGCAAAAAGAAAAAUAGCUACACAUUAAAGACAUCUACCAAGGAGCUGUUGAAAGAACCGAAACUUUACACUACUAUAAAUACUAGGUACGACAACCUUCUCGGUGUUACCUGUUUCGGUGCAGAAAUCUGGACAAGGACACUCAAGGUUAGUGAUUUGAAAUGUUACAACAUUCAUGGCUCACUAAUGAAGACAAUUCAAACAAAAUCUGGGAGAAUGCCGAAUGAUAUAGCAGUGACAGAUGACGGCGAUCUCUUGUACUCAGACUGGAGUAAUGGAACUGUGUAUAAAGUAAGGAAUGGACAGACAGAGGAGGUGAUCAAACUUCAGGGCUGGACACCUAUUAAUCUCUGUGUCACGUCUUCUGGGCAUCUCCUGGUUACUAUGUGCAGUGACGAUAAAAAUAAGUCCAAAGUUGUUCGUUUCUCAGGUCUUAAAGAGACACAAACAAUCCAGUUUGGUGAUAAAGGUGAACCUUUGUAUUCAGGAAAGCAUGAAACAAAGUACAUCAGUGAGAACAGAAACCUGGAUAUAUGUGUGGCUGACAAGGAUGUCAGUGCCUUAGUUAUAGUUAACCACAGCGGAAAAGUCCGAUUUAGAUACACCGGUCAUCCAUCUACUACAAAGAACAACAAAUCAUUCGUACCUUAUGGGAUAGCAACAGACAGUCUCGGUCAGAUCCUUACCACAGACAGAGAAAACAACUGUAUCCACAUUCUUAAUAAGGAUGGCCUGUUCCUCUGUUGCAUAAAAAACUGCGAUUUAAAGUCCCCAUAUGGUUUAUAUGUCGAUAAAAGAGACGAUUUGUUUGUUGCAGAAAAUUAUACCGGGCAUGUUAAGAAAAUCCAAUAUAUGAAGUGA